AUGACCCUUCGUGGCCUGCAGACUGCGACGCCGUCUCAACCAAUGACGACGGCGGCGCUGGUCGUUUCGGCUAUAUCAUCCUCCACACCCUCCGCAAGCUCUAGCGACCCACCCGACCUCUACUCAUCGGUAACCCAGCUGCAAGCACAAACAGAUUCCCUUCUGGCCACCGUCGCCUCCCUCCAGGCUACUCAGGCUUCAUUCCGGACGCACUUAGCUUCUCAGCUCGCCUCCCUCCAACAAACCUUCAUGGACACUCUUCUCAUAUCCCACCCACUACCCGUCUCCAUCACCCCAAACAUCAUCUUUGGGUCGCUACCUCCUUCGUCCCCUCUGUGGCCCAACCUCGGCGCGACCUCCCCACCACCACAACCCACCCUUACCUCCCAACCUUCCUCCACCAUGCCAUCGCCCAUUUCUUCCCAAAACCUCUCAUCUCCGUUUUUUUCAACAGUCACCACUGCCUCUUCGGGUUCCGGCAGCUUCGCCUCUGCACCUUCCUUCGGUUCACUCUCCCCACAACCCUCCUUUCCACAGUUUACCCCUUACAUGAGCAGCCAUGAGCUACCCAUCUACAGACCUCCUAAGGCUGAACUUCCUAGUUUCUACGGCGACGACGUCGUGGGUUGGCUGGCCAUGGCUGAGAGGUUUAUCCGGGCUUACCAUGUCCCGCCUCAUGAGAGCGUCCAAACCAUUGCCAACUAUUUUGGUCCUGAACCCUCCAUCUGGAUGACCGCCUGA